AUGAGAUUCGCUCCCCUUGCUAUUGCCUUCCUCUCGGCCUUUGCCAUGGCCAACCCCUCCACCGAAGGCGAACUCGAGCGCCGCCAAUGCUCAUGCAAGAAAGUCGGCGAUGAGUGGCUCUGCUCCGGUCCCAAGUGCUACGACAAGCGCGACGAGACCGCCCUCGAGAAGCGCCAGUGCACCUGCAAGAAGGUCGGCGACGAAUGGAUCUGCAGCGGCAAGAAGUGCAACGACAAGCGUGACGAGACCGCCAUUAUUGAGCGCGAUGAGGACGCUCUUCAGAAGCGACAGUGCUCUUGCAAGAAGGUCGGCAAUGAGUGGUUCUGCUCCGGUCCCAAGUGUCCCAGCAAGCGAGACGAGAGCGAGCUCGAGAAGCGUCAGUGCUCUUGCAAGAAGUAUGCUGGUGAGUGGAUUUGCAGUGGCCGAAAGUGUGGUCGCAGCCUCAUGGAGGAUGAGCACUUGGAGAAGCGACAGGCUUGGUGCAAAUGCACUAAGCAUGGCGAUGAGUGGGUUUGCACUGGCACAAAGUGCUAA